UACUUAAAAAUUGUUUGUUAUCAUUAAUUGUAAUUUAUUUUUAAAGAUUAUAAAGUUAUGACUUUUGUUUCAUAAAUCAGCAGUUGUUACUAGUUAAUAAAUAUGGCAGUCGAAAAAAUUAAAAUGAAUAGUCCACCCAUUCCUAAGAAAUCACGAUUAGAAAUGAAUGUGAGACAGCUGCUAAAUAAAUGUGAACUUAUUGCAAAAGAGGAAGCUGUUGAUACCAAUUUGAGAUUAAUAAAAUAUGUAGAAUCAUUAAGUGAAAUGUUGGCUGAAUUAAAAACAAGUCCGGAUAAACCACCAACCAAGGAGGUCUUAGCUGGGUAUACAAAACGGAUAGGUUUUUUAAAGGGGCUAAUACAGACUGCUACAUUACACAGUCCAACAGAAAAGGUAAAAUAUUUAGAUACUAAUGCAAUGUGAAUAAUUUUAAACUGUUCAUUAUCAUAUUUGUAAUUGAGUAGC